UGUGGAAAUGGCUCAAUGGGCAUACAAGGCUCGCGUCGCGCGCUCACGUUCGGGUGGUACGCGCCGCGGGCAGCAAGCCCGCCGCCGCCAACAUCCGCGCCGCGCCAAACGAACGAGCGACAGACAGUCAGUCCGGCGCCGACACUCGCCACGCGCACACGUUUACUUAGCAACAUGGCUGCCGCCCACACGCACUCGGCCCCCGUGCCCUCUGACCGCCGUCCUGAGGGGCGAGCGGGUUCCCGUCGAAUCUUCCCACCACAAUUCAAACUGCAAGUACUCGAAGCAUACAGACGCGAUGCUCAGUGUCGCGGUAAUCAACGUGCUACUGCCAGAAAGUUUGGCAUCCACCGACGUCAGAUCCAGAAGUGGCUCCAAGCUGAACCCACGCUUCGAGCCGCACUUUUGAGACGAGCUCCUCAACCAGCGCCUUCGCCACCGCCAUAUUCAGCUGGUUCGCCAGAAAGUGCUCGUUUACCAUCACCACCGCCUGCAGCGCUGCCCACGCAGAUCCAGGUGCCCACACCAGUACAAGUGCCUACAACUCUACAGGUGCCCACACCGCUGCCGGCACCAGUGCCUACACCGUUACCUGCUCUAGAGCCGAUAGAUUUAUCAGUAAGAAGGGUUUCUCCACCACCUGCACCACAACCGCUAUAUGCAACAUCAGCUGCCUGUGAAAUACCAAGAAAACCAUUCAAAUUGUUCAGACCAUAUCUAUUAGAAGAUGAAGAGGAAAAAAGACCAGUGUUGGCGUCACUACCAGUAUCCAACGGCGUGCACGUGUCAGCGUUCGUGCCCGUGCAGAGCGCGGCCGGAUGCGCGAUGACCGCGUGUUCUGCCCCGCGUUGGUGCGCGCCCAUGCCCUCCUUCCCAGCUCCUCUCAGAUGAGAGGACGCCUCUGGGGCGCAACCCCGAAACUGUUGUGAUCUAGUCGCCGACGCCCACUUGGCGCCGCCUGGGGCGUAGCCCUCCAUCACCGUGCCUUAUUGUACACGCCGCCAUAGUGCAUUAUGCCAUCAUCUCGAGAUGAUAGCUUAUUUUUGUGUAUAAAUUAUAAGAAUGUAUUUUUAUAUGUGGGGUUUAUGAAGCAUGACCUACAUUUAUGGAGAAUGAAUAUUAUAACGAUUAUUAUUAUUGUAAUAAAGAGAGUUGUUUACUAAAAA